AUGAUUCUUCGAUCGAUCGCGCCGCCAAGCAAGAACAGCAGCAGGUGCGCGCCAAAUAGAUUGCGACCAGCAGCAAGGGCGCCAGUGGGGGAGAGAGCCGAGCUGUGCGUGGGCCCUAGAAGAAUUCUGAUCGAGAGAACUUGGGCUAGAGCCGAGUCUCGUUGCUGUUAUUCACUCGAGGCCUGCUGCGAAACAUCAUCAUCAUCAUCAUCAUCAUCAUCAGCAGCAGCAGCAGCAGCAGCUACUCCUGCCGCCAUGGUGGGGCUCCUUCCAGUAUUCUUUGCCCUGGCGCUGGCGUCCAGCCGGAGAGACUUGGCGAGGCGUGGGCGUGGGUCCGCGGCAACGCCUGCUGCUGCCGACAACACCCCGGGGAGGCCCGCCUCGAUGUCGGCGUCGCCGGUCAAGGCCAAGGACGACGCGAACAGCACUUCUCAGGCGUCGGCGUCGGCGUCGCUGGGGGGCGGUGCUGCGUUUGAUUGGUUCACGCGCGGAGGCGGCAGGCACGGUUUCGGCUUGGAGGGUGGGAGAACGCGAGCAGCAGGAGCAGCAGCAGGGCAAUCGGUGUCUCUCUUCGGACCUGAGGAAAAGGAGCUGGAUCGGUACUCAGCGGCCUUGGCGGCCACGCACUUCUUGCGGCAGGAGAGAGACAGGGUCAUCAAGGACACUACCAGCCCGCUCGCACACUUGUACCUCAGCAUCACCAAGCCGGGCCAGCACAACAGGUGGAUUUCGAGCCCGUGGAUCUCCCAGGAGGCCCGGCAGGCUCAGAAGGACUACCUUCUUCAGGCAAGCUUGGUCUUGGUUCCCCAAUUUCCGCCAGAGCAUACCGGAAGCAACUACAAGAGCUAUUCCUUUUUCUUUGACAAGCUUCUACUUUUGUGCGUAGGUUGA